CACUUUUGACUGUAAUUUGUAGCCUGUAGAGUUACAUUAUGCUAUAUAAUAAUGUAUAAUAAAAUUCUGUUAGUAGAAGAAUGGAGUUGUUGCUGUUUUUUUUGCUGCGUCUUUUCUCCCUUCUAGAAUGCUAUACUCUCUUGGGAAAGUUUUCAAAAGCAUCCGCGUCACCAUAAUGAUAAUAAUGUAUUAAAUACAUAUGUAGUUACAAUAAUUGAUAUACUCUCUUUGUCACUUAAGGUUACUAAUAAAACAUUUAUACAAAACAGACUCGUUUUUCUUGAAGCCGACGCAGUAAUUCCCAUUUAAGUCGGUUAGAUUAGAUAUGUUUUGGAACAAAGUACGAACGCCAAAGGCCGUAAGAAAAAUUUAUUUGACCAUAUGUACUUUUCCAAACUACACGUACUAUAAAAAAAAGGAGGAUUUCAUGCGGACAAUCUUAUAUCAACUCAAAACUUUUCAGUUCCGUAGACAAAUCUUCCAGUGAUACACACAAAAAAUGGAGGUCAAAACCAGUGUUCCAGUAAUUGACCUGCAAGACCCUCAUGAUCUUGCCAACAAAAUCGUGAAAGCUUCCGAAGAAUGGGGCUGUUUCAGGCUUUCAAAUCACGGGAUCCCGCCGGAACUCUUGUCGGAAAUGAAGGUAGUUUGCCGGUCAUUAUUAGAUCUUCCAUUGGAGAUCAAGCAAGGUAAUGCUCCUCCUGGACCGGGGCAAAGAUACACGCCACCACAUCUGGCUAGCCCAUAUUUUGAAGGCUUGAAUAUCUAUGACAUGGCCCAUCCUGGAGUUGUCGAUGAUUUCUGCUCUCAGAUUAAUGUUUCUACCCAGCAAAGGGAAACAAUAUCUAAGUACUCAGAAGCAAUUUAUGGGGUUGCAAAAGAGGUUGGGAGGAAGAUGAUGGAAGGAUAUGGAAUAAUGGAGGAGAAAGAGAUUUUUGAGAAUUGGGUUUGCCAGUUACAGAUGAACAAGUAUAAUUACAGCCAAGAAAGUGUGGGGUCAACUGGUGCUGUCAUGCAUUCCGACCCUGGAUUUGUCACAAUCUUGCAGGAUGAUGAAUUGGUCAACGGCUUGGAAAUCGUUAACAAGUUCACCGGACAAUGGGUUCCGGUUGACCCUAUUCCGGGCACCCUUGUUGUUAACAUUGGAGAUACUGGCAAGGUAAUUAAGCAUCACAAAAAAAAAAAAAAUGGAACUUACCAUCCAAAUACAAUUUUCAUUAACUUCACUAUCUUGAAAUAAGAUUCUCUAUCUCACUUAUUAUACCGAUCAUGUCUCAUUAAUUAGUGAAAAUUGCAACUUCGUUUCACCCUAAGAUGUAUGAAUCUUCAUCUGAUAUAGAAUUACGUUAUAUCACUAAUAAGACACGAUUCGUAGGUGAGAUGUGAUCGUUAAAUUCUUACAGUCUCUAUAGCGUAUAUGAACUUAAAAUGGAAUGGUUGGAUGCAGGUAUGGAGCAAUGGAAGAUUUUGUAACGUGAAACACAGGGUACAAUGCUACAAACCAAUGAUUCGUGUAUCAAUUGCUAUAUUUGUAUUAGCAGCCAGGGAUAAAAUAGUGAGAACUGCGGAAGGUUUGGUGGAUUCAGAACAUCCUCGUCUCUACAAAGAGUUUGAUUUUGAAGAAUAUAGGAAGCUUCGCAUUUCAACUAGUUCACCAACUGGUCAAGCUCUCGAGCUGUUCUCAGCCACCAAUUAAUUAGACGUUCUCCAUACUUCAUUGUAAUAAGCUUCAAUCGUUUGAGGCGUAAAUUUUGAUUUUUAAGACUUAAAGCAAGGCUUUUACAAGAUAUAUAUAUAUACAACAGAUAUAAGUUCUGAUAGGAAGUUAACAAGAUUUGUGCUGUCACUCCUCAAGUAAAAGGAUUGAUAAAAUUAGCCAACGAAGCAAGAUAUAUAUACAUUCUCCACUCAAAUUUCUAAGCCUUUAAAUUGUUUUGGUUUGGCACGAAGAUGAAAGCCAAAGGCACGAAACAGUUACAUUAUUGCACUGCGGAUAAGUUGCCCUUAAAAGAAGCACCAUAUCGAUAAGUUGUCAUUAUUUUUUAUUUGCCCGCAGGCCGCCGC